GGACGAAUUUCGUAAACUAAAAUCAGAUGGUCCGCAAUUCUCCGAACUCGAUCUGAUCAAGUAUCGAAAACAGCUUGACGAAGAUCGUGAAGCCAAACUGAGAGGUGGUAUUGCUACCUCUUCAACAAAAAAGAAAAAUAAGAGUCCUCCGUCUACUCCACCAAGUAGAAGUGGUAGUCCGUAUAGGGAUCAUCGGCAGGGGUAUUCUAGUGAAGAAAGUGGCGAGAUUAGGGAGGAGGAGAAUAAUGAUGAACGUGGCAGUUCUCAAAGUCAACGCGAGGAACACGGAUCCAGGCGCAAAAGACAUUCCAAAGAAAAACAUCAUCAUAGCCGACAAAAGCGAAAAUAUUCAGAAAAUGAAGAUGACAAAGAUAAUAAGUAUAAACACUCUCAUCAUUCUCAUAAACGUCGUAGUCAUCAUAAAGUGCGACAUGAUGUAAAAGGACGCUCUUCUAGAAGCGAGGAAGAAUCAGAUGAUGAAAAACCACGAAAACGUCAUCACCAUCAUGGACGUCAUUCAGAGAAGAAACCUCCUAUUAAAGAGGAACAUCGAGGAGACACUCCUGUCCGUCUGUCAGAGUAUCUUAAACACGGAAGUAGCAGCUCGGAUGAGUAA